ACUGCUAACUACCUAUCUCCUAUACAUUACACACUUAACACCUUUAGCGUUUCAUUAUUUUCUCUCAAUCUUACAACUUGUUCCAUAGGUUUCAAGUUGGAGCUAUUCCCAUAGAUCUCUGCAGGUCUUGGUUCACCCUUAACGAGUCUCGGGCUCUGUGUUACCUCGUACUACAAGGGGAUUCCUCAGAAAUUGGGGUCUUACCCCCUUAGUGCAGCUACUUGCCCAUCAUGGCACCGAGCGGCAUGCAUAACUUAACUACCCUAAUCAAGCGGCUUGAGGCCGCCACCUCGAGGUUGGAGGACAUGGCGCAAGCCACCUUUGAGAAUCAAGAGACGCAGACAAAGCAGACGUCGCAAGAGCAGACUCCCACUGUCAGCGGCCCUGAUUCUUCCGCACCAGCUCCGGAAACAACGGAGAACAAGCCAUCGCCAUCCAAGCCGGUGCAGGAACCCCUUUCGCCGGCGAUUGAGGCUUUUGAUGAACUGAUCAAGGGUGAUGUUGCGGCAUACGUGAAGAAAAGCGAGGAUUUGGGUGGCCUCGUGGCUGAACAAGCCAUUGGCGUCCAACGCGCAUUCGAAGCACAGCGCCAAUUCCUUGUCCUCACCACCAAGGCUAAAAAGCCGGAUAUUCAAUCGCCAGUUUACAUGGAGACCCUCACUGGGCUCCAGUCCACCAUGGGCGCUGUGAGCGACAUCCGUGAAGCGAACCGAGCUUCUCCCCUCUCCAACCAUCUUACCAUGGUCUCCGAGGGUAUCACAGCCCUUGGCUGGGUUACUAUCGAUCCAAAGCCGGCCGACUUUUUGGGUGAGAUCUUCGGCAGUGCCCAGUUUUAUGGAAACAGGGUUCUGGCGGAAUACAAGGAAAAGGAUAAAUCGCAUGUUGAAUGGGUUCAGUCUUUCUACCGGAUCUUCAGAACUCUCAUCAGCUACGUCAAGGAUCAUUAUGCAAUGGGUGUGACGUGGAACAACAAAGACGGAGUUGACGCCAAGCAGGCGAUGCAGGAGCUUUCAUCAGGUAAAACCUCAACUCAGGCGACUCCUACCCCGACCUCUGCCGCUGGGGGUGCUCCCCCACCGCCCCCUCCGCCUCCGCCUCCGCCGCCGCCACCGCCAGUGCCUCAAAUGGACAGCCCACUUCCGCCUCCUGCUGCCAAGAAUGUGCCUACUCCCGACAUGGGUGCGGUGUUCCAGGAGCUAAACAAGGGAGAGGCCGUCACCUCUGGCCUGCGCAAGGUCGACAAGAGUGAGAUGACACACAAGAAUCCUUCGUUACGUACUACAUCAUCUGUGCCGCAGAGGAGCGACAGUAGCUCCUCUAUUGGGCGCGCGAAAUCACCAGCUCCGCCCGGCACGAAGCCGAAGCCGGAGAGCAUGAGGACGAAGAAGCCGCCCAAAAAGGAACUUGAUGGAAGUAAAUGGUUCAUCGAAAACUUUGAGAAUGAGCAGUCUCCUAUCGAGAUCCAAGCCUCCAUUCAGCAUUCGAUUCUUAUUACUAAAUGCAAAAACACAACCAUCCGCAUCAUCGGCAAAGCGAAUGCCAUCUCUAUCGACAAUUGCACGCGAACAUCUCUCAUUAUCGAUUCGCUCGUCUCGGCCGUUGACGCGAUCAAAUGCCCCAACUUUGCCAUUCAAGUUCUGGGUACCUUGCCAACUAUGAUGCUCGAUCAGGUCGACGGCGCUGCCAUCUACCUCAGCACCGAGAGCUUGAACACCGAGGUCUUCACCAGCAAGUGCACGAGCAUUAACGUCAAUGUGCCCCCUAGCUCCGAGGAAGAGGACUACCGGGAGUGUCCACUUCCUGAGCAGCUCAAGAGCUACAUCAAGGAUGGUAAGAUUGUGACAGAGAUUGUCGAGCACGCCGGUUAAGCAUUUGAUGCUUCUCUGUGACCUUUAAGGAUCUUGGAGGCACAUUAGAGCACAUGCCAUACCUGCAACCAUAUGAAAUCCACUUAUCUUAGAAAUAUUCUUUUUGGAUGAGUUGCACUUGAGCAAAUUGCAUAGGUUGUACAUUAGAUUGUAUUGCACCAAUAAGCACAUAAGCC